AUCUUUCCUUCCUUCAAUUCCUCCUUUUUAUUCAUCUUUAUUCACACCUCUCUCAACUCUCACUUCUUCUUCACAAAUAUUCCACUUUAAAGUUCCAUCCAUCUUCUCUUCUCCUCCCCAACCGUUGGCCAACCCCCACCCUCCUCCUCCAUAUAUACACCCCCAAAACAACAACAACAACAACAACAACAAUAUCGAAGCCUUAAUUUGGUCGUAAAUUUCAAAAAUGGGGAAGUAUUUUCCUCCAAUUUCAGAAUGCAAAAAGUCUUACAACAGUGUAGCAGCAGAUUUAGAUGGAACCCUCUUAAUCUCCUCUUCAUCAUUUCCUUACUUCAUGUUAAUAGCCGUUGAGGCAGGGAGUCUAUUUAGAGGAUUAAUCCUUCUAUUAUCCCUUCCUUUUAUCAUUAUUUCCUACUUGUUUAUAUCCGAAUCACUCGCUAUCAAAACCAUGAUCUUCAUCUCCUUUGCCGGCCUUAAAGUUCGCGAUAUCGAGCUCGCUGCACGCGCCGUGCUCCCUAGAUUCUACGCCGCCGACGUGCGUAAGGAGAGUUGGGAGGUGUUUGAUAAGUGUCAAGGGAGGAAGGUGGUGGUGACGGCCAACCCCACCAUCAUGGUGGAGACUUUUGUGAAGGAGUAUUUGGGUGGUGAUAAGGUGUUGGGGACGGAGAUUGAGGUUAAUCCUAAGACUAAGAAGGCUACUGGGUUUGUUAAAGGGAGAGGGGUUUUGGUUUGGGAGAAGAAAAAAGAGGUUGUUUUGGAGGAAUUUGGGACUGAUUUGCCUGAUCUUGGACUUGGUGAUCGUACUUCUGAUCAUCAGUUUAUGUCUCUUUGUAAGGAAGGGUACAUGGUGCACAAAGACAAAUCAGCAAAGGCAUUACCACAAGAGCGAUUAAAAUCACGGAUCAUCUUCCAUGAUGGACGGCUAGUACAACGUCCGGACCCACUAAACGCAUUGAUGACAUACAUAUGGCUGCCAUUUGGCUUCAUCCUAUCCAUCUGUAGAGUUUACUUCAAUCUCCCACUACCGGAGCGCAUCGUAAGAUAUACAUACGCCCUCAUGGGAAUAAAACUCGUGAUACGUGGAAACCCGCCACCUCCCCCUUCACCUGGGACUCCUGGAAACUUGUACGUGUGUAAUCACCGAACUGCCCUUGACCCAAUUGAGAUUGCAAUUGCACUUAAAAGGAAGCCUUAUUGUGUCACUUAUAGUGUGUCCAAACUCUCUCGUUUUAUCUCUCCAAUCCCAGCCAUUGCUUUGACUAGAGAUCGUGUGGCUGAUGCUAAUAUGAUCAAGGCUUUGCUUGAGAAGGGUGAUUUGGUUAUUUGCCCCGAGGGGACUACGUGUCGUGAGCCUUACUUGCUUCGCUUUAGUGCUCUCUUUGCUGAAUUGAGUGACAGAAUUGUACCAGUGGCAAUAAACUGCAGGCAAAACAUGUUCUAUGGGACAACAGUAAGAGGAGUUAAAUUUUGGGACCCGUAUUUCUUCUUCAUGAACCCAAGACCAACGUACGAAAUGACCUUCCUAGACAAGCUGCCACCGGAGAUGACGUGUCAGGGAGGGGGAAAGACACCAUUCGAGGUGGCGAACCACGUGCAGAAGAUGUUGGCAGGGGUGUUAGGGUUCGAGUGCACUCAGUUCACUAGGAAGGAUAAGUACAUGCUACUUGGUGGCAAUGAUGGCAAGGUCGAGUCUAUUCAUGCUGCUAAGAAAUCUACUUAGAUUUUAGUUUAUGUAUUAGUCAUGCUUUUUGGGUUCACUGUUGAAAUUUGGAAAUUGGAAUUACAGUUUGAUGAUAUUGUUAGAUGUCGUCUAUAAAAUAUUGUGGACAAAUUGAUUUUAGAAAAAGUUGUUGAAUGAAAAUUUGAAUUAAUUGUUCUAAAUUAAA